AAGAACUUAAGGAGAAACUAAAGAAGUAUGUUGAUGAAGUGAAUGCCCGGAAGCCUGGUUUCAUCAAGGUUGUUCGACACAGCAAACAAGAGGGGCUGAUUCGAUCUCGAGUUAGUGGAUGGAGAGUAGCCACAGCGCCAGUAGUUGCUCUCUUUGAUGCCCAUGUGGAAUUCAAUGUGGGAUGGGCUGAACCAGUGCUUACUAGGAUAAAAGAAGACAGAAAAAGAGUAAUUUCUCCAUCAUUUGAUAAUAUUAAGUAUGAUAAUUUUGAAAUAGAGGAAUAUCCCCUCUCAGCCCAGGGGUUUGACUGGGAGCUGUGGUGCCGAUAUCUGAACCCUCCGAAAUCAUGGUGGAAACUGGAGAACACAACUGCUCCAAUAAGAAGUCCUGCACUGAUUGGAUGCUUCAUUGUAGAUAGAGAAUAUUUCCAGGAGAUUGGCUUGCUGGAUGAAGGCAUGGAAGUAUAUGGAGGAGAGAAUGUGGAGCUUGGAAUCAGGGUAUGGCAGUGUGGAGGAAGUGUUGAGGUUCUGCCUUGCUCCAGGAUUGCCCACAUUGAAAGAGCACAUAAACCGUACACAGAAGAUCUAACUGCUCAUGUCCGGAGAAACGCGCUAAGGGUGGCUGAAGUCUGGAUGGAUGAAUUUAAGAGCCAUGUCUACAUGGCAUGGAACAUACCCCAGGAGGACUCUGGAAUCGAUAUUGGUGAUAUUUCUGAGAGGAAAGCCUUGAGGAAAAAGCUCCAGUGCAAGACCUUUAGGUGGUAUCUUGUCAGCGUGUAUCCAGAAAUGAGAAUGUAUUCAGAUACUGUUGCCUAUGGGGUGCUGCAGAAUUCCCUGAAAAGUGAUUUGUGCCUUGAUCAAGGGCCAGACACGGAGAAUAUUCCAAUCAUGUAUAUCUGCCAUGGAAUGACACCACAGAAUGUUUAUUACACAAGCAAUCAGCAGCUCCAUGUGGGUGUUCUCAGUCCCACUAUCGACGAUGAUGACAACAGAUGCCUGGUGGAUGUGAACAGCAGGCCCAGGCUCAUUGAAUGCAAUUAUGCCAAAGCCAAGAGAAUGAAGCUUUACUGGCAGUUUACUCAGGGAGGCCCAAUCCAGAACCGAAAAUCCAAGCGUUGCCUGGAAUUGCAGGAAAACAAUGAAAAUGAAUUUGGAUUUCAACUCGUCCUUCAGAAAUGCACUGGACAACGCUGGUCUAUAACAAAUGUCCUGAAAAGCUUUUCAUCAUAGACUAAAUUUUUUACCCAUUUCUUUUGCUACUGUGUAGCAAAUACUGCAAUUUUGCCUGCUGUACUGUAUUCCUCUCAUCCUCCACCCCCUUGUUCCUUCUCUCCUCUUUUUUGACCCUUUGAUUUUAUUUCAUUUUAUUUUGUGAGUGUGUGGGAAUUGGGUUUUUGGGCUGAAAAUAAGACUUUUUUAUUUCACAAUGAUGUCUUCAUGGCAUUUAUAGAGAUGUUGAAUGACAGCUGAUGGGUAGGCUAUCCUAAAAUAUUUUACAACUGUAAAUAGGAAACAAAUGGAGAAUAUUUAUAAUUCAAACUUUUAUUGAAUAAAAAAGUCCAAAUACUA